AUGGGUCUUGAAUCAACCUCCCAUCACGGGGAGUCUAUCACAGCUCCGGCUCAACAGCCCAGUACCGAUACUUCCUUCCAGAAUAGCCCCAUCCAGAAGCCCAUGAGGCCGGUUGGCGUCGACACACCCAUUCCCCGCAUCACCAUGCGGUCCCUCACCAUGGCCCUCUUCGUCUCAAUGGGUGGCCUGCUCUUUGGUUAUGAUACCGGUCAGAUUUCUGGUUUCCAGGAGAUGAGCGACUACCUGCGGCGAUAUGGUACGGAAACGGCUAGCGGCGACUAUGCCUUCAGUGACACCCGCGCCGGUCUCAUUGUCGGUCUGCUUUCCAUCGGUACUUUGAUUGGCGCCCUGGUUGGCGCCCCUAUGGCCGACAUCCUGGGCCGCAAGUGGUCUAUCAGUGUUUGGUGUUUCAUUCUCAUCAUCGGUCUCGUCGUUCAGAUUUCCUCCCCCUCCGGACACUGGUGGCAGAUGGUCGUUGGUCGUUGGGUCACUGGUCUGGGCGUCGGUGGCUGCUCCCUGGUCGUUCCCAUGUACCAAGGCGAGAGUGCUCCUCGUCACAUUCGUGGUGCUAUGAUUAGUUGCUACCAACUGUUCGUCACCCUUGGUAUCUUCCUGGCCUACCUCAUCAACUUGGGUACCCACACCAUGGACGGCACUGCCCAGUGGCGGAUCACCCUCGGCCUGACCUUCCUCUUCGCCCUCGUUCUCGGUGGCGGCAUGGCCUUCUUCCCCGAGAGCCCUCGUUACGAGUUCCGACAUGGCAAGGUUGACAGCGCCCGCAGUACUCUGGCCAAGCUGUACGGUAUCCCCGAGAACCACGUCCGCAUCAUUGAGGAAAUGAAUGAGAUCCGUGAACAGUUCGAGGCUGAGACGGAGGGCCAGAAGUGGCAUGAGUUCAUCACCGCACCCCGCAUGUUCUACCGUAUCGUUCUGGGUAUGGUUCUGCAGAGUCUGCAGCAGCUCUCUGGCGCCAACUACUUCUUCUACUACGGAACCACUAUCUUCCAGGGUGCUGGUAUUUCGGACAGCUUCGUGACUCAGGUCAUUCUUGGAGCUGUCAACUUUGUCACUACCUUCGGUGGCCUAUACGUUGUGGAGAACUUUGGACGCCGCAAGUCGCUGAUCUUCGGUGCCCUCUGGAUGUUCGUCAUGUUCAUGAUCUUCGCCUCGAUCGGUCACUUCGUGCUGGACAUCGAGAACCCUGAGAACACCCCCGGUGCCGGCAAGGGUAUGAUCGUUGUAACCUGCCUGUUCAUUGCCGCCUAUGCCAUGACCUGGGGCCCUAUGGUUUGGGCCAUCGUCGCUGAGCUGUUCCCCUCCAAGUACCGUGCCAAGGGUAUGGCUCUGGCCACUGCCUCCAACUGGGCUUGGAACUUCCUAAUCAGUUUCUUCACCACCUUCAUCACCAGUGACAUUGACUUCGCCUAUGGCUACGUCUUCGCUGGCUGCCUCUUCGUUGGCGCCCUGAUCGUCUACUUCUUCGUCAUCGAGGGCAAGGGUCGCACUCUUGAGGAGCUAGACUUCAUGUACGUCAACAAGGUUGUUCCCUGGAAGAGCAGCUCCUUUGAGAUGCCCCCCAACGAUUGGAUCGACGACGAGGCCCCCAACGGGCGCAAGGAGCAACAGAUGUACCAUGCCGAAAACGCAUGA